UGUAGGUUGGCUGUUGUCAGAUUGUGCACUGGAGAAUUGGCAGCAGCCCAUACAAUGUAGUUGUGCUCCUCAACUAUAAGUUUACUAGGCCAAGUGGAAUGAACCGUUCAGGGCGGUACAUACAAAAUUAUAUGGUUUUUCACACAGAAAAAAAUAACGUGUUUUGCUAAAGUAAGUCAACUAGUUGGGAAAACUUCACUAUCAUCACAAAAGAAAGUAGCUGACUAGCUAGCGAGGGUGCUAAAUCAAAAUAUUUGCAUACAAACUUAAUUUUUUGACGGCUAAGUGCGACGAAAACCUUUGCUGGAGUAUCAGUUCUAGCUAAACGCUGGAGUUGGAGAGGUUCGUGAAGUUUUUAAAGACUUUUUCAAGCACAAAGCGACUGUGGGAAUGUCGUGUCGGAGUGGAGUGGCCCGGGUGGGUAAUCAAGGACUGCAGCCCCUCCGAGCCACGGUACCGUUUCAGCUGCAGAACCGAACAGCACCGCGAUGCAAAGACAACAAAACAGCUGAGUACAAGACGAAGGGUCGCCCGCCGAAGCCAACCUUAAGACGGACAUUGUCUCUGGACACUUUGGUGGGACCGUACCUUCAGGGCAACUGGCCUAGAGAACCAGAGUGUCAGCCUGUUACCUGUGUCAAUGACAAGGCCACACAGACUCCCAGUUCCUGGAUAGAGGAGACGCGGGGGCGGAGAGGGGGCGGUGGUCACAAGCGCUCUGCAUCAUGGGGUAGCGCUGAACACCUCAGAGAGGUUGCUAAGCUUCGUCAGUCCUUACAGAAACGCUCCAGACAUGCACCUCCUGCCAUGGACUGUGACCACACACACCAACACGUACACAACAGCCAAACGCACUCGCCUGGAAGUACACAGACGAUGCCUCUGAUUCCGCUGAGCCGAUUGGCCCCCAGACUGAGACGCAGUGUUGAAGGACUGAACCUGGAGCUGGAGGGAGUCUUUGUGUCUGAAACGGCAAAGGAACAGCACAAAAUUCUCGAUGUACCAGAUGGUCACAGAGCCCCCGUCCCAGCUCAGAGGUACAGCAGUGCUUCACAGAGCGACCCUUCUCCUGCCCAGCUGUCCCCUUCACACUCUCCCUGCACUAUCACAGACACCGAUAUGGUUGUGUGCGGGCCGCUCUGUCCGCCUUCAUCCCCUCCUCUAUGUAUUUCUGAGCCACCAUCAUCUUCUCCUCGUCCCAACAAGACGUACGUCUUUCAGAGAGAACCUCCAGAGGGAUGUGAGAGAGUACGUGUGUCUGAGGAGGCCAUCCUUCCCUGUCAUGGAAAUGCUCCUCUUCAGCCUUCCUGUCCUGACCCCAACAAGGUGAAUUUCACACCUCACGGUGGCUCCGCCUUCUGUCCCGUCAGUCUCCUCAAGCCCCUCCUCCCUUCUAUGGACCUGUUAUUUCGUGGCCUGUCUGUUUCACCCGUCACCGGCUGUUCGGCUCAAAGUGCUGCCCCCUGCCAGACACCGGGACAUGCCGUGGGUGGCUAUUUGAGCAGCAGCACCCUUCCAGACCCUACCACCUCUCUGUGAAUGGAGCACAUUCAUGACAAGAAAAGAAAAACUAAAGAUGUGUGCCUUUGUCCCAUCUCAUCUGCAACUGACACUGAAGAAACUGCUCUGCACAGAGAGGGGAAAAAAAUCAUGAUGCAAGAAGAUGGACGACUUUUCUUCAUCUAAAACUAUGGCAGACUCUCUCUAAUGUGAUUUGUCGGCGACCUUUUGACCUCAGGACACUCCACUUGGCACUUGUGAUAAUUUCGUUUUACGCUAUAGCAUUUACUAUAGCUAUAUUUUCUAUAAUUUCUAUAAAACAAAACUGAUGACUAUUCAUCAUCUGUGUAAGAAUAUUUUUAGCUCUGUCAGACGAGUCAUUCUGAACAUUCACUGUCAUAUUUUGACUAUAAAACAUGUGUUAUAACUCUGACCCACUCAGUGAUGGUUGUGGAUCAGAAACAUACGUUUCUAAAUUCAGUAUUUACAGACACAGGUCUUCACUGCAUGCAGGACUUUUUUUUAGAAACACGAAAGCGGCAGUAAUAGACCAGAGAGUCUCUCAUCAGCUGUUCAUUAUAGUGGCAUUUCAUCUUGACAGAUGAUUAAGGUGUUUUUGAAGGCUGGAUUGUUUUGAAAACUCUCAGCAUGUCUGUUUAAUAGUUCAUUAAGCAGAGCUCUGAACUGUAGGUGUUAAUAAAUA